GUAACAAUUGUGAUUAUAUGAUGUAAUCUGUGAACUCAUUUGUUCUAAGACGUAAACCUCCAUACAUUUUUCAAGAUAAUAGUUAAGCAGAACCGAAAUGGAAGCUUGAGCAUUAAGAAAAUUCAUAGCGAGAAAUGGCAGGUCUCACUAAAGACUCGUUUCGACGCAGUGCCAACAGCGGCCGCGACAAAUUCACAGACUACCUUCUGCGCGUCGUGCUGCAACGGCGACCUCAAGCUGCCCUCGGAAACGAACACUUUUCUAAGCUUUAAGUGCUUGAUCUUCUCAAGAGUCCUAAUACCCUGAAUAACUCCUCAACUACCAAAAUCCCCAUCUUAACUCCUCUCGGCAUUAGGCAGCAGAUUGGGGUAAACGAGAGCAUAAACGUUUGGGCUCAGGGAUUAUAGACGUCAAGACUCAAGAAGUAUAGACGUCAAAGCUCGUAUUUAUCCUUUAUUAGAACCUAUUGCCAAUCCUCAGCAAUGGACUUCCUACACCGAAACAUGCUGCUGACAACUCUACUUCUUCUCACGGCGUUCAUGCGGUUCACUCCUUCAGAUGGGAUGGUGGCUCUGAACACCAGUUGGCCUCACCCCACGCUCACCCUGCGCAUCCCCAAGGACUUCCCCCCAGCCACCGCCAUCGUGUCUCUCCCCAUCAUCAUCCCCCCUGAGCUGCACUACCCCUCCACUCCUCCCCGGAGCUUGAAACAGAAGAUGUCCUAUAGGACAGACGAUGCCUCACCGUCUGCUCGACGUCAACGCUUGAAGAGACGGUCGUUACAGCCCAUUUCUGACGAUGAAAGCCCUGACCCUAAGCCCAAGAAUCGCUUCUUCAGCCUCAUUUCCAGUCUUGGGUCGUAUCAAGGAGAGGUCACGCCGAGCAGCAGCCGAGCAAACACACCUUUAGGCAAAGGGAGAGCUAGUCGGCAGAGAAAGGGAGGUGGGGGGCCAGACAAGAUACUUGGUGACCGAAGACCUAAAAAUUCUGGUGACUCUGAUGCUCGAAGUGGAUGGACCAGCAGCCAAUACGGUAAUGACAGGAGGGAUACGGCGCCAGAAGGAGAGCAACAUACAAUCGCCCAGGCUCGGUCUUCUGUAGAGUUUGUGCCUCAUUCCAGGGCCUCCAGGCCGCGUAGCCUGAAGAACGAAGUGUUCGGUCAGCCCCCCAGUAAAAUGGAGGGUCCUCGAUACGACGUCUUCCGCGACCCUAAUCUGGAGUCCAACCUUGGUGCGCAGUUAGUCUCUCCUCAAGAUUGGGCGUCAUCCCGACCAUCCGUGGACUACACGUCUCUGGUAAAGGUCGUCAACCCUAACGGGGUGUUCGUACUGCAGAUCGAGGGCGGGAUGCUGUCCCUGCAGCUCGCCAAGACUCUCAAGCCUACGGACUAUCGCAGAAACGGAGUGAACGAGCUGCGGGCUCAGUUAUACUACACGCUGCCUGCGGGGACAACCCCCUCUGACCAGCUGACCCCGGGGACGACCUCCCCUGAACAAGGCUCAACCUUUACCCUCCUCACCAUCGUCUUGGUCAUCGUCGAUACCUUCGCCUGCAUCUCGCAGAACAUGGACCUGUGCUAUGUCCCGCAAGAGCCCUUCCUGCUCCAGCAAUGGGAGAACAGGCCACCAUCCUUCCUCCUGCAGCUACCUUCACCUGCCACCACCUGCAGCAACCUCUUCACCAACAUCUCCUUGCAGCGUGUGCCAGCGUCGUCAGGCAGCAGUAGCCGGGUGCUGACGAGUGACGCGCUGUCAUCGAGCACGAGCUCCCGCGUCAGCCUGAGCCUCUUGUCCAGCCUCGACCGGGAGGAACUGGACAGCCUGCAGCGCUACAGCCUGCACUGCCACCUGCAGGACAAGAAAGAGACCUGGUCUCGUGUGGAUGCAGAGUGGGACGUGCAGCUCAACAUUCUGGACGAGGAUGACUCGCCGCCGGUGCGCUACAAGCCGUCCGCCGUCGCCUGGCACGUCGACGAUAACCCGCGGGAGCUGGAUAACCUCCUGACGGUGCUGGACGCUGACGUGUUCAACGACUACCACGUACACACAGAAGGCGGCGUCCCCGGCGUCGUGCUCCUGGACAGCAUCAACGAGUUCAACAUCAACAACGUGCACUGCCGCAACGCCAGCAGCGCCCUCGUCGGCGGCGCCUUCCACGCCUCCUGCACCUUCAUCAGUCCUGUUCCNGAUAAGACGACGUAUAACGUGACGUUGCUGCUCGGCUCGUCCACGUCGCUGGAGGAGGACGUCGCGGGGCAGGACGUGGCUGCGGGGGCGAGCGUCAGCGACGAGCAGCUCAGGGAGCUGCUGCGUGCACGCGCCUCCGUCACCGCCGCCGUCAACAGUGUGAUGUGA